GGGGAACUCAACAUCUGUGACUCUUUCUGAAUCCAGAAUCUCACAGCUGAGACCGAUCUGCAUCCAUCUCACCUCAGACCAACAUGGCCUUCCCCAGACCAUGCUUGAAAAGGGAGCGACCCCACCAUCCAGAACUGUUGACGUACUCCUCUUUGUGUUUGGCUCUUCUGUUCCUCGUCUUUUCUCCGUCUCUUGGACAGUUAGACCUGAGCCGCCUGGACGGGGACACGGUCUGCCCACCAAUCAGAACUGGACAAGAUGACCUCCCAGGGUUUGAUCUGAUCACCCAAUUCCAGCUGGACGUGAUUCCCCUAAAAGGUGUGCGGAAGGUGGAUGGCUCCACCCCCCUCCAGGUGGCCUAUCGUCUCGACAGAGAGGCCAACUUCCAAAUUCCAACUAUGCUCAACUUUCCACGUGGCUUCCCAGAUGAGUACUCCCUCAUGACCACCUUUCGCAUGAUCAAGAGCACGGUGAACAAGGUAUGGAACGUUUGGCAGAUAGUGGAUGAAGAUGGUUACAAACAAGCUGGACUUCGGCUGAAUGGGGACCAACAGGCUCUGGAGUACUUCCUGAUGGGAGCAGAUGGAAACCUCCAGACUGUCACCUUCCCUGGCCUCUCUGUACUUUUCAACACCAAAUGGCACAAGGUGAUGAUCGGUGUGGAGCGGGACCAGGUCACACUGUAUGUGGACUGCCAGCCUGUGGAUCAGAAACCCAUCAAGGGCAAAGGCCUCAUCAACACAGUGGGAGACACUCUUAUUGGCAGGCUGGAUUCGGAUCCUGAAGCCUCUGUGGUGUUCGAGCUUCAGUGGAUGUUGAUUCACUGCGACCCAAAGAGAGCCCAGAGAGAAAACUGCAACGAGCUUCCUGCCACCGAGAUGUUUGCCAAUGCUGAGCCUGAAAAAACAAUUCCAGGUCCCCCAGGUGCACCAGGCCCAGAAGGCCCCCAUGGGGCCCCAGGAGAAAAUGGCAGGGAUGGAAGAGAU